AAAAAAAAAAAACAUGUGUGAAGUUGAUGUCGCUGCUCCUUUGAAUAUUGCCUCCACUUUCAGCACCGCCGAGAAGGUCGUCGUGGUCGUACUGGCCGUGGUGUUUUUCCUGUGGUCGACCAGGAAGGCUGUCUUUUUCAAGGGCUGGGCCAAAUGGUUGCACCUGAGUGCGGUGGAUGACACGUCGGUGGCGUUCAUGGCUGUGGCGGUGCUGUUCGCGGUUCCCAUGUCAAACGACAACCUGCAAAAGCGCAUCCUCUCUUGGAGCGUAGUUAAGCACAAGAUGGCCUGGGGCAUGCUGCUCACCUUCGGCGGAGGGCUCGCCCUCGGAGUAGCCAGCGAGAUCACCCAGCUCUCCGCGGAGUUCGUGGUUGUGAUCGAGAGCCUGAACAUCCGGACGCCGCUGCAAAUGCAGGUUCUCAUCUCCCUCGGCGCUGCGACGCUCACCGAGUUCACGCCCAACGAUGCAGCCGCCACUAUGCUGCUGCCAGUCGUGAUCUCCUUGGCAUGCAAGCUCAGGCUGAACCCUUUGUUCCUGGUGUUCCCGGUAUGCCUGUCGGUGACGCAGGCAUGCAUCUUUCCAGCUUCCUCCUCGGUGAUCGCCAUCAUCUGCGAUGAGGGACACGUCACCACUAAGGACUUGCUGAUACCUGGCAUCAUCGUCAAGCUGUUCUGUCAGAUCGUCAACCUGGCCUUCAUCAACACGGUGGGCGAUUACGUCUUCAACCUGCACACGUUUCCAUCGUGGGCGUCAGCUUGCUUCAGCAAUACGCCCUCUAUCGACCCCAUCCCUCAUUAAUGGAGUGCAGUUGUAGCAGGCAACGCCACAAAC